AGUCCUUCCAUUUUUGCUUCCUUACACAGACAUCUACUGAAACAAAACCCUCGUAACACAAAAACCAGCGAAACACUUGCGCAGCUUGGAAACACUCCAUAUUCAAUAAAACAGCUUAAACGAGGUAACUUCUUUGUCUUCUCAUAUAAUAAGAAUCCCUCUUUGCUCAGUUCGGUCUAUUUCAGCACUUUUCCAGUUGCAAUAAACCCUUUAUUUAUGUAUCCGGGUCUUCUCGAUUUAACUGGAAUCUGUUUAUUCAAAUUUUAAAUGUUUCUUAAGCUUUAUGCAUCUGCAAAUGCUAUGCUCUUGGUGGAUAUAUUGGGUUUGCUGAGAAUUGUUAAAUCACAGAGAUAAUGGGUCUAGUACACGCGAACAAUGAACACUAUUGCUCUAUCUGGUACAAGGAUGGUUCAUAAAUUUUCGUAUAUAUUGGUUUUUUCGAGAAAAUUAUGUGAUUGUAGUUUUGAUGGUGAUAAAAGUGAUAAUGGGUUUCGAUAUAUUGAGGAACCCUUGAAGAGAUUAUGGAAGAACUCAGAUUUCGGUUCGUGUGGUUCUGAAAACCGUGAUAACGGGAAUUACUCUCAGAGGAAAUGGUUUUUUGAGAAUGUAAGGAUUGAUGCCGCAAGAGUUCUUGAUAUUCUACGACAAGAUGGCCCUGGAUUCGAUGCAAAAGCUGCUCUAAGUGAGUUGGAUUUGAGGGUUUCUGGGCUUCUUGUGAGGGAAGUCCUUGCAGGGAUUUUGAGAAAUAUAGGUAUUGACAAUAAAACACGGUGUGCGAAAUUAGGCUAUAAAUUUUUUAUAUGGUCUAGUCAGCAGGAAAACUACAGGCACACAGCUAACAAUUAUCAUUUGAUAAUGAAGAUAUUUGCAGAUUGUGAGGAGUUUAAGGCAAUGUGGAGAUUACUAGAUGAAAUGGUUGAGAAUGGAUUCCCAACUACAGCACGGACGUUUAACAUAUUGAUAUGUACUUGUGGCGGGGCUGGUUUGGCUAGGAAAGUUGUAGAGAGGUUCAUUAAAUCGAAGACAUUCAAUUAUAGGCCGUUUAAGCAUUCUUACAAUGCAAUCCUGCUUUCACUUCUUGCAAUUCGUGAAUACAAGUUGAUUGAGUGGGUACAUCAGCAGAUGCUGGUUGAAGGUUAUUGUCCAGAUACUUUAACUUAUAAUAUCCUUAUGUGUGCAAAAUAUAGAUUGGGGAAGCUGCAUCAUUUUCAUAGAUUGCUUGAUGAAAUGGGUAGGAGUGGAUUCUCCCCAGAUUUUCACACCUAUAACGUCCUUCUCCAUGUUCUUGGUAAAGGGAAUAAGCCAAUUGCCGCACUUAAGCUUUUAAAUCAUAUGAAGGAAAUCGGUUUUGAUCCUAGCAUUCUUCACUUUACUACAUUGAUAGAUGGACUGAGUCGAGCUGGGAAUUUAGAUGCCUGCAAUUAUUUUUUUGAUGAAAUGAUUAAAAAUGGAUUCGUGCCUGAUGUUGUUUGUUACACUGUAAUGAUCACGGGAUACAUAGUGGCAGGGGAACUUGAAAAGGCUCGAGAAAUAUUUGAUGAGAUGAUAGCCAGGGGCCAGUUACCAAAUGUAUUCACCUAUAAUUCUAUGAUUCGAGGGUUGUGUAUGGCAGGUAAAUUUGAGGAGGCGCGCUGCAUGCUUAAGGAAAUGGGAUCUAGGGGAUGUAAACCCAACUUUCUUGUGUAUAAUACGCUAGUGAACAAUUUGCGGAAUGCUGGAAAGCUUUCUGAAGCUCGUGAAGUAAUAAAAGAGAUGGCAGAGAAUGGGCAAUAUGUCCAUCGUCUCAAAGUUCAAGGGAUGUAGGAAUUCUGAAGUACUAGAUUGUGUAACAUGGAGAGUUCUCUGAUGUAACUUUACUGGAAUGAUACCCGAUGAUUCAGGUUGACACCUUGUAGCUGUUCUGUUAAUUGUAGUCAUGGAGACUGAAAGGGUAAUUAUGAAUAUUUUCUUUCUCUUUUGAUUCAUUUUAUGAUACACUAGAAUUAAAAUAAAAUAAAUAAGAAAGUCUUCCUUCUAUUAGCGAGUUUAUUCUUUUCUGCUCUUUCUGAAGUAGAGUCAUUGUUUAGGAAUUUCUGUGGAGCAAUUGUUGAGAAAUAGUUGCAUGAGCAUCUGAUUCUCAUAAUUUUCUUGCUUUGGGCCCAAACUUGUUGUGUGCUAAUAAUAUUAAGGUAGUGGCUUCUUAGCUGUCUCCUUCUUUCUGCAUAUUAUGAUCAAAGGAGAACUAAGCAUUGUUUGUUAUAGAAUCUGGUUUUGGAAUUUUACUAUUAUUAUGUGUAUUGUUGAUUUUUUCCCCCCUUGGGACUUGAUAACUUGGCAUUAACAAUUGCUCUAAAUAAACAAGCAAAUUAAAUGAAUUGAUAAAAUCUAGAUAAGAAUUAGGUUAUAUGAAGUCAAAAACAUGAGAGUGACCUGGUCUUUUUGGAUAUCUAGAUAGUUUCUGUUUCAACUACACUGAUUGUUUCAUUGCGCUGUAUGGAUAGCAGUGAGAAGUUGACUCUGCUCUUUGAACCAGGAAAUAUCAUAAUAGUCAGAUCUUCGGAAGUUAAAUCACAAAUGUUGGUUGCUAAUCUCUUUAAAUUUUUAUAUAAUCAGUGGACAGUGUUAUUUUCACCUUGCAGUUGUAAAAUAUUAAAAAUAGAAUUUGGGUUCUGCAGUCCCAUGAGAGCUUUCAAUAACUUUUUUUUCUAUGAUUGACUUGUAAUGCUAUCCGGUAUCUAGUAUAGGGUGGAGGCUGCUAUCACUUCUCGCAGAUUGUUGUUUGCUAGUUUUGCUCAUCAUCUUCUUGUUUUGUUAGUUUUUAGUAGCAGGCAGAAGGCAUUUGAUAUUUUUCCUUCCCUUUGGACAGUAGUGCUAUACACCAACAAGGUUCAAGAAGUGGAGGAAGAAGGUUCUGAACUGAAAAUUUAUUAACAGUUUAAUUUGCCAUUUCAUCAGUAUGGUAUAUCUUCCUUAAUAGAAGCAUAAGUGGGGCAAUCUAGGGCAUGCAUUUUCUUUUAUUGCUACUUGGCUGCUAGUUGCAGAGUUUAUAAGUUGUAUCUUAUCUUCUAUGAUACCUCCAUCAUCUGCCAAAUCUCUUUUCCUCGUUGUUUGUAGAGUUCUGUGCCUCUUUUGUACUCCUAUCAAUUCCUUGCACUUUACUUUGAUAGACUUUUCAUUAGUCGAUUCUACGCCCACUUGUAUCAUAGACUUUUGGUGGAUCCAUGAUGUAUCCUUUUCUCAUUCUGUGGUUAAUAUUCUAGAAUUUCGUAGCGUUAGGUUUCAUAUGUUUUUGAGGUUGAAAUCUCACGAAUGGGUUUAGGGUCUAAACAAUACAGUAAAAAGUGGCAACCAGUGAAGAUUGCAGUUGUGCUCUUGAAGGUAAUGGUUUAGUAAUGGCUGUUUUGGCAUUGGUGCUGCAGCAACUAUUUUUUGAAGAUAUGUUAUGAGGAUGGACUGAAUGUUAAUGGCAUUAAGAACAGUGUGACGGGAGAACUGAUUUAGAGGUCUUGUAAAAACCCUUGUUCCCUGUUAAAUUGAAGUCUGAACCACAUUUGAAGGAAUAGCAUAUUGCAGAAGACUCCAGCCUAUGCAGAAUCUGAUGGCUUUUCCCUUGGUCAUCAAAUCUAAGGUGGAUGCUGAUUGGAUUACCAUUCCACUUGUUUCUUUAUUUGCCAGGACACUAGACUGAGGUGCGAUUCUCAUGCCACUUUCUUGCAAUAUCAUUCUCAGACGAGUUCUGAACCGUGAACAAGAGAGAUUGAAUUCCAAAAUCUUCAACUGAUUGUGAGCAUUACUCAAAGUCAGAGAAAUCUGGAAUUUCUGCUCUAACUAUAGACAUGUAGGUGAUAUAUGUAUAUAUAUUAUAUAUAUAUAUAUAUAUAUAUAUAUAUAUAUAUUAUUUUGAACCGUUUGUCCAUUUAAGCACCACGAAGGGUAAAGUGUAUAGGUUUAAUAUCUACCAAAAUACAUUAGGCUUUGUCAGCCUAAGCUAUGUUGGUUCAAGGUAGGCGUUCUUGUUAUUUGAAGACAAGAUAAUUCUUUGAAUGCUGAGAGUCCUGAAAAAGGCACACGGAUCUUCUAAUUUUCAAAUAGAUGCCAUGUAGUUAGUGUUGUGUGGAGCUAGAGAACCUACCUCCUGAGGGAGUAACGUUAAUAACAGCGGUAGGAUUUUUGCUGUACCCUUACCUGUAAUUUUCAUCUGUUAUGGUGUUGUUAGAGUUAGCAAAAUUAUUUUCUUUCUUUUUCAUAUUGUCGCAUGAAAUAUUCAAUUUAUGUUGGUUGUUAGAGAUAAGAAUAUAUUUCUUUGGGUCAUUUUUCUUUUCCCCGGAAAA